GAGGAAACAGAAGAGAUUUCUGCAAAUGACGCUGCUCUUCACCGCGGCGCUGAUUUUCCUGCCCGACAUCGGCCUCUGGUCUCUCUAUAGAGAGAAGCACCUGGUGAAGCCGGCCGAGCCCGCCGAGCCUCAGACAGUUCCACUGGGGCUGGGAGAUGGGCAGUUGUUCACCUGGACUGAUGGACUGAAAAGGAAGGAUUGGCAUGAUUAUGAAAGUAUUCAAAAAGAUGCUAUGCGUUCAGGGAAAGGUGAACACGGAAAGCCGUACCCUCUGACAGAGGAAGACCAUGAUGAUUCAGCUUAUAGAGAAAAUGGCUUCAACAUAUUUGUUAGCAACAAUAUAGCACUGGAGCGAUCUCUGCCAGACAUCCGACAUCCUAACUGUAAGCACAAGGUGUACUUGGAAAAGCUACCAAAUACCAGCAUAAUUAUCCCAUUUCAUAAUGAAGGCUGGACUUCCCUCUUGCGAACAAUACACAGUAUUAUCAACCGCACUCCAGACAGCCUGAUUGCAGAAAUCAUUCUUGUGGACGACUUCAGUGACAGAGAACAUUUAAAAGAGAAGCUGGAGGAAUACAUGGUCCGUUUUGCCAAAGUGAGGAUUGUACGUACCAAGAAACGAGAAGGGCUCAUUCGGACCAGACUGUUAGGAGCCUCGCUGGCUAGAGGAGAAGUCUUGACAUUUCUGGAUUCCCAUUGCGAAGUCAACGUGAAUUGGCUGCCUCCCCUGCUUAACCAGAUUGCACUAAACCACAAAACCAUCGUGUGUCCUAUGAUCGAUGUCAUUGACCACAAUCAUUUUGGCUACGAGGCACAGGCAGGGGAUGCCAUGCGAGGAGCUUUUGACUGGGAAAUGUACUACAAAAGAAUCCCGAUUCCUCCUGAGCUCCAGAGAGCUGAUCCCAGCGACCCCUUUGAGUCUCCUGUGAUGGCUGGAGGUCUAUUUGCCGUUAACCGGAAGUGGUUUUGGGAGCUGGGAGGCUACGAUCCAGGAUUAGAAAUAUGGGGAGGAGAGCAGUAUGAAAUCUCCUUUAAGGUGUGGAUGUGUGGAGGUGGCAUGUUCGAUGUUCCAUGUUCUAGAGUUGGGCAUAUCUACAGGAAGUAUGUCCCUUAUAAAGUUCCUUCUGGCACCAGCCUAGCACGUAACCUGAAGCGUGUGGCAGAGACAUGGAUGGAUGAGUUUGCAGAGUACAUCUACCAGCGACGGCCCGAGUACAGACAUCUCUCGACUGGUGACAUCUCUGCCCAGAAGGAACUUCGCAAGCACCUGAAAUGUAAAGAUUUCAAGUGGUUCAUGGCUGCAGUGGCUUGGGAUGUCCCCAAAUAUUACCCACCUGUGGAGCCUCCACCUGCUGCCUGGGGGGAGAUUCGAAAUGUGGCAGCCAAUCUCUGUGUGGACAGCAAACAUGGAGCCACAGGGACUGAACUGAGGCUAGACAUUUGUGUGAAGGAUGGCUCAGAACGGACGUGGUCACAUGAACAGCUGUUCACCUUCGGAUGGAGAGAAGACAUCCGUCCUGGGGAGCCACUUCACACCAGGAAGUUCUGCUUCGAUGCCAUCUCACACAGUAGCCCUGUCACACUGUAUGACUGUCAUGGGAUGAAGGGGAACCAGCACUGGAGCUAUAGGAAGGUCGGAGUCACUCUGGGUCAUUUCAGAGAUUCAGACUGUCUUGAGCCUAUACUCAGUCUAGUGCAGACUUGUAUUUUCCCUUCAGAGAAGUUGCUUUUUAAAAUCCAGUCUGUUUUAUUCCAAUUUAAUUUUGUAGUAAAUUCUCUGGAGUGUGUUCUCAUUGAGUAUUCAGCUACUUGUGUCAAAUUUAAAUGGAAGUGGAUCUGAUCCAGCUCAGUGUGUCCAUGUUGAGUGUCUGAAAGGUGUUAUAUCAUUCUGGCAUUUGAAGAUUCUGGUGUCAUUUUAAGUGAGGCACUAUUGAAAAUAUUUGCAUCUGACAUGACAGAAAGAAGAAAUGCUGCUCAAGAGUUAAAUAUUACUAUUUUACUACAUUUUUACAAGUGGCAGGAAUGUCUACCUCAAAAAAACCCCAAACCAACAUUAAAAGCACUUGCUGUAAGCCUGAAGACAUUGGGAGUUUAUAAAUUAAAGAUAAGCAGCUCAGACACUACUUUGAUCUGCCAAGUUCUGCCCAUUUUGAGCAAUCACUAGAACAGGAGGUCAAGCUAGGAAAUGAGAGUGCCUCAUUUGGGAUAUAAAAAGUCCUGGUAAUGCUACCAGGUUUUUUAAAGAAUGAUUAAUCAGAAAGUUGCCUUGAUUAAACAAUUGCUAAUAAACUAUUCCAUGCAGGGUAAGGACAUCCAUUUCUGUGAUGAAUUGAGUACUUCUUCUUAUGCAUCCUUUGAUUUUCUAAAACCACUGUGCCUUGUCCCCUACAUUGCUUAUGCUGUGACCUAGGUGGCAGGAAUUGGACCAUGUUAAGUAAGCCUCUAUAGUACUUUCUAGAUUAGAGUUAUAAGCAGGAAAAUAGUUCAGAACUAUUAAAAGUAGCUUUUCCCCAAGUAUUUUGAGUACCUGCUUGUUAGCCUGUGCCAUUUUUUAACCAUAUUUAUGUUGCAA